UAAAGAUGGCGCAGCGGCGACGUCAACAGGCAUUAUUUGAUGCGCUACCGUAGUCAGCUCACACAGUAUAUGGAUGACAAAAAUUUUAUCUGUCAGCAUAGCUGUCGUUUGAAUGCAUCUGAGUGAGUGUGGGGAUUGAAUUGGACCUCAGAAUUAGUGUGAAAGGGGCGAUGAGCAGCGUCAGUCGUGAGUAGAUAGGCAGCCCCUUUCUGGUCGGCUGUGCGCUGGGAGGGAGGCAGAUUCCCGUACAGCAGUGUGGAGGCAGGGAUUACAGAGAUCAGCGCUCACUGCUGGGUACAUCGCGAAACAGCUGAAAGCAUCCGCGGGGAUCCAGCGAAAAUGUCUUAAAAAGGAACACGCAGUCCUGCUUCUCACUUUAUAUUUCGUAUUUCUACAUCUUCUGUUCUUCAGCUGUCAAGAGAUAUACAUCAAUAAAUAUAUAGGGUCUGAGAGGUUUAUGCAACUUUCACCGAUAUUCUUCCAUGAAAAGGAAUAAACCUGCUUUAGUUUCUUGGGAAUUUUACCAGGAUCAUGUGGAUACCGACAGAGGAAGAAAAAAUCGGAGUUGUGAUCUCCAGCUUUCGCGGGGUUGUGGCUCAGGGCCUGGUUCUGGAGAUUGGAGAGACGGUGCAGAUUCUGGAGAAGAGUGAAGGAUGGUACCGAGGGUUCUCCACCAAGAAGCCCACAAUCAAGGGGAUUUUCCCAGCCAGCUAUGUUUACUUGAAGAAGGCAGUUAUAACCAACAGAGGGCAGUACGAGACGGUGACCCCCCUGGAGGACCCCCUCGUUACAGAGGUCACCUCCACGCUGCAGGAGUGGGCCGUUCUCUGGAAGCAGCUCUAUGUGAAGCACAGAGUGGAUCUGUUCUACAAGCUGCGUCAUGUGAUGAACGAGCUGAUCGACCUGCGCCGGCAGCUGCUGUCCGCCCACCUGACCCAGGAUCAGCUCCGCGAACUCAAGAGGCACAUCACCGUGCGGCUGGACUGGGGCAAUGAGCACCUGGGGCUGGACCUCGUUCCUAGGAAGGACUUCAUGAUGGUGGAUGCAGACCAGUUCAGCAUCUCGGAUCUCUACAGAAUGCACCUGUCCAGCCGACACAGUGUACAGCAGAGCAUGUCACAGGGCGACAGCGUGCGCCAGCGUCAUGGUGACACAUGCCGUGUGCUAGUAGCACAUCACCUGUUCCUUAGCCUGAAGAGCUUCACCUACAACACCAUUGGCGAGGACACCGACAUCUUCUUCUGUCUCUAUGACAACCGGGAGGCCAGGCCCAUCAGUGAGAAGUUCAUGGUGCGGCUGAACAGAAGUGGGUCCCCGAAGAAUCCUGAGAAGGUGGACCGGCUCUGCACCCUCUUCACGGAUUUGAGUAAUAAAGAUCUGAAGAGGGACCUGUACAUCAUUGCUCAUGUCAUAAGAACGGGCCGGAUGCUGUUGAAUGACUCUAAGAAGGGUCCUGCCAAUGAGCUGUAUCGGCGGCCGUAUGGCUGUGCUGUCCUGGCCAUGAGCGACGUGCUGCAGACCAUCUCUGAGCUCCGAGAGGAGAAAGACUUCGUCCUCAAAGUGUACAUCUGUAAUAAUGAAAACGAGUGGCACCAGAUUCAUGAGAACAUCAUCCGCAAAACCAGCAGCAAGUACACGGCCCCCAGCACCUGCUACGGGCUCAUCAUCUCUCUCCAGCUGUUGCGAGGAGAGACUGACCAGCUGCGCAGAGAGAACCCCGCCCUCUUCCACCGGGGUGUCGCUGUCACACGCAAGCUGGGCUUCCCUGACGUCAUCAUGCCAGGCGACAUCCGGAAUGACCUGUACCUGACGCUGGAGAGGGGGGAGUUUGAGAGGGGAGGGAAGAGUGUGCAGAAGAACAUUGAGGUCACAGUGUAUCUGCUGUAUGCGGAUGGAGAGCCGCUCAAAGACUGCAUCAGUCUGGGUGCAGGAGAGCCGAGCAUCAGCCAGCAUCACUCCUUUGUGCUGUACCACAAUAACAGCCCGCGCUGGAGCGAGACCCUCAAACUGUCCGUUCCCAUAGAGCGCUUCCGGGGGUCACACCUGCGCUUUGAGCUACGCCACUGCUCCACUAAAGACAAAGGGGAGAAGAAGCUGUUUGGAUUUUCCUUCACUCCGCUGAUGAGGGAGGACGGGACCACACUGUCUGACCAGAGUCAUGAACUGUACGUCUACAAGUGUGAUGAGGGCACCACCUUCAGUAACCACGCGCUGUACCUGGCGCUGCCGUGCUGUAAGGAUGACAUCAGCAGCUGCUCCAGCGUCCCGUCCAGCCUGGCCUUCCAGCGCAGCCCCAAGGAGGCGCUGUGGGUGUCCACCCUGCUGUCCUCCACCAAGCUGACGCAGAACGUGGACCUGCUGGCUCUGCUGAAGUGGAAGGCUCACCCUGACAGAGUGACGGACAUCCUGGGCCGAAUUCGGAACAUCAGCGGGGAGGAGAUCGUCAAGUUCCUGCAGGAUAUCUUGGACACACUCUUCACCAUUUUGGAUGACAACACUGACAAGUAUGGACCACUGGUUUUUCAAUCUUUGGUGUUCAUCAUCAAUCUGCUUCGGGACAGCAGGUACUGCCACUUUCGCCCUGUCAUGGACACCUACAUCCAGAAGCACUUCGCUGGGGCUCUGGCUUACAGGGAGCUGAUCCGCUGUCUGAAGUGGUACAUGGACCGGUCGGCUGAGGUGAUCCGACAGGACCACAUCCAGGAGGCCCUGAAGGCUCUGGAGUACCUGUUUAAGUUCAUCGUGCAAUCGCGCCUGCUGUACUCCCGGGCCACCUGCGGGCUGGAGGAGGAGCAGUUCCGCGCCAGCAUCCAGGACCUGUUCCAGUCCAUCCGCUUCGUCCUCAGCCUGGACAGCCGCAGCUCCGAGGCACUCGCCUUCACCCAGGCCCCCCAGCCUCCUGCACAGCCCAGUGGCCCCAGCAGCUGCACGCAGGCCUGGAGCCCCAGCGCUCCUCGGCCCUCACCUCUGGCAGCUGCGCUGUUGAGCUCCUUUCCCGCCAUCUUUGACGAGCUGCUGCAGAUGUUCUCGGUGCAGGAGGUGGCGGAGUUUGUGCGUGGGACUCUGGGCAGCAUGCCGAGCACGGUCCACAUCGGUCAGUCCCUGGAUGUGGUCAAACUGCAGUCCAUCGGCCGCACGGUCGACAGCCGGCUCUUCUCCUUCCCUGAAUCACGCAGGAUACUGCUCCCUGUGGUUCUGCAUCACAUUCACCUGCACCUGCGGCAGCAGAAGGAGCUGUUGGUCUGCUCUGGGAUCCUCAACAGCAUCUUCUCCAUCAUAAAGAGCAGCUCUGUGGAGGCGUCGGUGCAGGAGGAGGUGGAGAUGGUGAUGGAGAGCCUCCUGGAUGUCCUGCUGCAGACGCUGCUGUCAAUCAUGAGCAGGACGCACACUCAGGAGGCGGAGCAAAGCCAACGCUGCCCGCAGUGCACCGCAGAGAUCACUGGCGAGUACGUGUCCUGUCUCCUGUCCCUGCUGAGGCAGAUGUCAGACCUGCACUUCCAGCGCCUGUUGGACAGCUUCCAGAGCACCGAGGAGCUCAAGGACUUCCUGCUGAAAAUUUUCUGCGUGUUUCGUAACCUGAUGAAGCCCAACACCUUCCCCAAAGACUGGAACGUGAUGAGACUCCUCACCAGCAACAUCAUCGUGACCACGACCCAACAGCUGUCCCCUGCCCUGCACAAACACUUCACAGAGGCGGACUUUGACUUCAAGGUGUGGAACUCCUUCUUCAGCCUGGCUGUCCUUUACAUCAAUCAGCCCAGCCUGCAGCUGGAGAGUCUCCCCCCAGCCAAGAGGAACCGGCUGCUGGACAGGUACGGUGACAUGAGAGUCCUGAUGGCCUACGAGCUCUUCACCAUGUGGCAGAACCUUGGGGAGAAUAAGGUGCACUUCAUCCCAGGCAUGAUCGGGCCCUUCCUGGGCGUGACGCUGGUGCCGCAGGCUGAGGUGCGAAACAUCAUGAUCCCCAUCUUCCACGACAUGAUGGACUGGGAGCAGUGCAAGAACGGCAGCUUCAAACAGGUAGAAGCUGAGCUCAUUGAUAAGCUGGACAGCUUGGUAUCAGAGGGGAAAGGGGAUGAGAGCUACCGAGAGCUCUUCGGCCUCAUAACCCAGCUCUUUGGACCCUAUCCCAGCCUGCUGGAGAAGAUUGAGCAGGAAACCUGGAGGGAGACGGGUGUGUCCUUCGUCACCUCCGUCACACGGCUCAUGGAGCGGCUGCUGGAUUACAGGGACUCCAUGAAGGGGGAUGAGAUGGAGAGUAAGAGAUUCGGCUGCACUGUAAACCUGCUGAACUUCUACAAGUCAGAGAUCAACAAAGAGGAGAUGUACAUCCGUCACAUUCACAAGCUGUGCGACAUUCACCUGCAGGCCGAGAACUACACAGAGGCGGCCUGUACACUGCUGCUGUAUUGGGAGCUGCUGCAGUGGGAGGACACGCCCCUGAGGGAGUUCCUGCAGUACCCCGCCCAGACCGAGUGGCAGCGCAAGGAGGGACUCAGCCGAAAAGUCAUCCACUACUUCAACAAGGGCAAGUGCUGGGAGUAUGCCAUUCCUCUGUGUCGGGAGCUGGCCUUCCAGUAUGAGAUACUGUAUGACUACCAGAGUCUGAGCUGGAUCCGGAAAAUGGAGGCAGCUUACUAUGACAGCAUCAUGGAGCAGCAGCGGCUAGAGCCGGAGUUCUUCCGGGUGGGCUUCUAUGGCAGGAAGUUCCCCUUCUUUCUCAGGAAUAAGGAGUUUGUCUGUCGGGGACAUGACUACGAGAGGCUCGAAGCUUUCCAGCAGAGGAUGCUGGGAGAAUUCCCACAAGCCAUUGCCAUGCAGCACCCCAAUCAACCUGAUGAUACAAUUUUACAGAGUGAUGCCCAGUACCUGCAGAUCUACGCGGUAACACCGGUGCCGGAGUUUGCCGAGGUGUUGCACAUGGACCGCGUACCCGACCGCAUCAAGAGCUUCUACCGGGUCAACAAUGUUCGGCGCUUCCGCUACGACCGGCCCUUUCACAAGGGCCCCAAGGACCGAGACAACGAGUUCAAGAGUCUGUGGAUCGAGCGCACCACCCUCAUCCUCUCACACCCUCUGCCUGGGAUCUCACGCUGGUUCGAGGUGGAAAGGAGAGAGCUGGUGGAGGUAAGUCCCCUGCAGAAUGCCGUCUCCGUGGUGGAGAAUAAGAACCUGGAGCUGCGGUCCCUGAUCAGCCAGUACCAGCACCGGCCGCCACACAGCAACAGCAGCCAGCUCAGCAUGUGCCUGAACGGUGUCAUCGACGCCGCCGUCAACGGGGGCGUGGCCAGAUACCAGGAGGCGUUCUUUGAUAAGCACUACAUCAGCAGCCACCCAGAGGACCUGGAGAAGAUCGCCCAGCUCAGAGACCUCAUGCAGGAGCAGGUGCACGUCCUCGGGGUGGGGCUGGCUGUGCAUGAGAAGCUGGUGCACCCGGAUAUGCGUCCCCUGCACAAGAAGCUGAUAGAUCAGUUUCAGAUGAUGAGGAGCAGUCUGUGCCACGAUAAGCCCAGUCCUGUUUGCUCUGGAUCCAGCACACCACGCGGGAUCCUCACCUCGCACGCUCCCAUGAGUCCCGAGAAUAUCAGACCUCUGUACCGGCACAGUCCCCUGAUCCUGCACGGUUCUGUUCGUCUUUCCUCAUCCUCGCUGUCCUCUUCCAGUGAGCCGGGUAACCUGCACGUCCUGACGGACAGCCUGGGGGCGGAGCACUAUGAGGACUCGUACCGCAUGCAGCCUAGCCCCUCCUCCUCCAGCCUGAGCUCCGCCCACUCCACACCUUCUCAGAUGAUGAGCUCCGCCCCCUCCAGCGGCAGAGGCUCACCAUCACUGCCAGAUAAAUAUCGCCACGCCCGCGAGAUGCUGAUGGCUCCACCCCCUCAGAGGACAGUGAGUGGCAUGUGCCCCGCCCUGACUGAGAAUGGACAGCCAACCAGCUUCCCGCGGACGCUACCUCACCAGGUGAUUGGUCCUUGCAAACCGUGGAACGACCCCAGCCUGUCAUUGGUGGAGAGAGGUUCCAGUGGCUGGGGGGGAUCUCUGGAGGCCCCGCCCCACCUGCAGACACACAUGGGGGGGCUGAUGGUGCCACCAGUGCCCCCCCGCAGCGUGCCCCCAGGGCACUUCCUGAUGCACUACGAUGGCUUCCACUACCAAGUCAGCGACUUCCCUCCUGCUCUACCUGCGCGCUCUUUACGAAAGGCUCCCCUGCACCCCAUCCUUGCAUCGCCCACCAGCUCGCAGUCUGGUCUGGAUGGCAGUAACUCCACGCUGUCGGGCAGCGCGAGCAGUGGUGUGUCCUCGCUGAGCGAGAGCCACUUCGCCCCGCCCACCGAUGCCGCCCCCGUCCCGUCCUGGAUCGCCGACAAGGAGGCGGAGUCGCCCUACCUGCACGUGCGCUACAGCUCGUCCGAGCCCGAGGUCCUCGACUCCGCCCGGGCCCCGCCCUGCCGCAGCCACUCUGCCCCCGGCGGAGUCUGCCCCGCCCCCCAGGACGGCCAUCUGCACCAACACGGCCCCUACUUCCACCACGCCCCGGCCCCCUGCCUGCCCCCAAAGCCACACCCCCGCGAGGGAGGCGUUCCCGAGGAGCACCUGCCCCGCCCUGUGCUCGUGCCACGCAAGAUCUCCCAGCAGUCCCUGCUCAGCAGCAAGGUGGAGCUGGCGCGGCUGGCGUGGGGUCACACCAUCAGUGAGGAGUAGAGGGCAGCUUGCCACAGCACCCCCCAGGGGUAGGGAGGACAUACUGCAGUCUCUUUUCCUCCAAUCCGCUUCCUGAGUUUGCCCUGACUCCGCCCUGCAGUCUGAGCUUCCUGAUGCAGGAGAAAUGCUCAAAUACAGUUAUAAUUAUGACAUUAUUAACAUUUUUACGUGUGAAAUCCUUCUGAAAAGAAAGAGAGCAUUAACUGAGGCUGAGAACAGCCUGUUUGUGUCCAAUAUCGGGGCCUGUAGGUCUGUGGGCCUGGGCAGUGUUUCGCUGUGCUGUCUGAGGGAAUCUGUAUACAGCUGUAUUUAUCCUUAAAGGCUUCAUCAGUCAAAAUGGCAGCUUUCUGCUCAGAACCAACUCAAGGAAUCAAGGUUUUAAAUCUCACUCUGCAGGGACAUAUCUGAUGUACGCAGAAUGCCUUGCACAGCCCAGUUUUACUGAGAUGGAAGUCUUCUGCCUGCAUGUUUUUUCCGUUCAGGAACCCAGCCUGUGUUACUGGUGUUUGAUAUUGACUGAACACAGUGAUUACCUUUGAACAGGUAACACAGGUAGAACCAGGAGAAGGGGCUGAUGGAAGAUCGGAGGGGGUGGGCAGAUGCUGAUGGAAUGAAACUUUUAUUGUUGUUUUUGGUUCCAGAAAGGGCACAUUUCAGCACUUAAUUGUGGAAAUGGUUUUAUUAUUAUUAUUAUUGCUGUUUCAUACCUCAGUGAGGGAUAUUGUGAUGUGUUAAGCAUUUAGAAACUGAGUGUGGAUGAAGCCCUGGUGUGGGGGUGUCUGCUGGCAGCAGGAUUUUCUGUGGGUGAAAACAUACCCCUGGCAAGCUGUCAUUUGCUUAUUGUUCUUAUAAAUAAAUUUUAAUAUACUUACCAUAAUCUUGAUUCAUUGCUUUAAAAUGAGUGAAUAUUGAUAAAUCUUAUUGUUGUAACUUCAGUAAUGAUCCUCAUGGUACAUGUGAAGACAGUCUCACCUGCUCUCUGUUGGGAUAGCAGACACCCCCUCCUGGGCAGGUUACCUGCAGCAUGCAGGUAUGGUUCAGUAGGACCCAGCCUGGGAAUGGAGCCCGCAGCUGUCCGGCAGCAGACAGAGCUGUCUGUGAGUAUCAGAGAUACGCAGCCAGGCUGUGAGUUUGAGGCUCAGAGAGGCCCUGUGUGUGAGGCUCAGAGUGUGAGAGCGCUCAGUGUGAGAGCGCUCAGUGU